GGCCUCUGCUCGCCCGGCGGUGUUUGAAAAGGGACCGUUACCCAGGAAACCCUUCCCUCGGCCCGGGCAAGGCAAUGCCGUUAGCGCAGGGUAAAUACAGUAACUCAAACUGAACAAGAAAUGUACGAGAUAAGAAUGAAACUUGCGGCUCUGUGGCACCUGCUCGCCAACGAUCCCAAAGUGCUUCCUAGAUCUACUAAUGAAGGGAGCCUCCCACCCUGCUCCCCUUUGGAGUAACAGCCCAUUUUACAUAUGGGGAAGGAGAAGCUGCAACUUGCCUAAGACGAGAUCACACAAGCCUGUGGCAAAGUCGGCCAAAAACCGCAAUCUCCUUCCCUCACUAUAUUUGAACCAGCAGAAGAACAUGGUUCCUAGGAGUGCCCCUCUGGCACUAGUGACUUACUCCUGCUUGGUUCGAGUUCAUGUACUGCUUAAACUGGCUUAUCCUUUCACCAACACAGGUUGGCUUAAUAAAAGAUCUUACCUCACCCACCCUGCCUUUAGGAUGGUGAACAGUUAGUUCUACAAGUAUACAUUAGUAUACAGUUUUGUAUUAGGGUUUUCACGGAUUUUGAGUAUUUGAUUUAUAAUUCAAUAUUUCUGAGAAAAAUAAGGUGAAUAGUAAAACAAAGUUUCAAUCCCUGGCGUAUAAUGUUCCCACUAUAUAUUGUGGGUUUAGGACUUUGCAUUUCUCUAGUGGCUUCCAAGUAAUUUCUGGAGAAAUUCCCCUAAAAUGGAGACAAAAUGGAAAAAGUUUUUUUUUACUUUGGAUUUAGGGAGAAAAUAAUGUAUCCAGGCCUAGAGAGUUUUAUACUAUAAAAUAAUGCUUGUGAUGAGUCAGAAUAAAAUUAGCUCCUCACUCAGAUAAAUUGACCUAAACAUUUCAAACUAAUUUCAACAGAUGUUUAUAGGAAAAAAUACUAUUUUAAAGGACUCCCAUUAACUAGAUGCAUUUUGAGUUUGUUGCAAUUAAUUUAGACAACAAAAGAUGAAUAGAUAUUGUAGAUUUUCUUUUUGUGCUGAAAAACAUCAGUUCUCAUCUAAAACCUUUUGACACCUGGUUCUAAAUCCCUUAUUCUAGAAAAAGAUGGUAACUACACAACUGUGCUAUAUUAUUUGAUAAUAGAUAUGCUGUACAAUUAUUGGCCAUUUUAUAAUCCCAUUGAUUUCAAUAGAAGUUAGGAACCUAAAUACCUUUGAGGUUCUUGGCCAAAGAUCUUACAAUCUGGAUUUACUUUGACAAAGCAAUGGGAUAGACAGGGAGGGAGGAAAGAAGGAAGGAAGGAAUAUGUAGAACAAAGGCACUGGGGUGAGUGGUACAGUAAGCGUAGGCUUUUUGUUUGGUUGGUUUUAUAGUGAUAGAAAAUUAUAUCCAUGUAAAACACAAGAUUGGAGAAUUCGUGGUUUUUAGGACAAGGGCCGGAGGAGACAAUUAAAUCUGUUGUUUUAAAGGAACCAUUAGAUAUGGUAAUCUCAGUCAUCAGUGAAAAAUGUAAACAGUGUUUGCAGUCUAAAUGGAAUAAGAGGAAGAAGAAUACUUUGCACUUUUCAAGUCUUUUUACUGAGGAUCUUAAAGCACUUUAUGAACAAUCAUUAAUGAAGACUCAGCAGCCAUGGGAGGCAGGAUUUAUCAUAACCCAUACUGUUAAGUAAUGCUAAGAUACAAAAGAAAUUUAAAAAUCCAUCCGGAAUUCAGUGACACCCAAUACAGGCACCAGUGAAUAUGUCAUUCAGUCAAAAUAGACCGCCAACAUCAGAGUUGGUAGAGCUUCAUGUUUUUUAUGUCCCAGAAGAAGUGUGGAACUUCACAUUAAAUACAGUUUCUGCAGAUCUUACUAGCAAAUUCAUUUCAGCUGGAUUUAUAAGGGUGCCUCGUCAUGUCACAUUGAGAGCACUGCGGGAGGAGCUUGGAGACUUCCUGGGUGAAGAUGCUGUUGCAGAUAAGUUUAUAUUUCUGAAACAUAUAGGGAAAAAGCUAGCAGUGGUGAAAGCAAAGCAAGAAACAGAACUGAAACUCAAGUUAUUUGCUCCCCCACAUGCACUUCAUCCCGAAUUAUAUUUGCUCCCUGGAGUGGACCACUUAGAAAUUGCUUAUUCAUUAUCAACAACUCCAGAUACACAGCACUUUAAUGCAGAAUCCCAUAAGUCUCCCCAUGGACCAAGUACUUUAAAUCUUCCAAAGAAAGAGCAUGAAAAAAGUCCAACAUUUCUAGAAAGUCCACAGAAAAAUACUCUCAUGCAGAAUCAGGAAGAUUCUAGUUCUUUAGGAUGGAGUGAGACAGAAAAAGAAAUGAUUUCAGUUUUGCACAUAAAACCUGAACAAAGCCUGAACAACAGGACUUGGGAAAAACAGAUUCCACGUAGAAGGAAAGACCAAAUUGGAUCCAAUGAAUCUCUACGCAUACCAAGUAGUUUAAAUCCCACAAAGUGGGAGUCUGCAAAAAAUCCUACAUCUUUGGAAAGUGCUCAGAAAAAUCAUCUAAGCCAGGAUCAGAAAGAAUCUAAUACAUGUAGGUGGAGUCAAAAAGACAAAGGGACUAUUUCAGGUCAUCAUGUAAAACAGAGCACUGAACAAGCCAAGAACAAUGAGACUCAGGAAAAUCACAUUCCCCCUGGAAGAAAAGAAGAAAUCCCUAUGGUGGUGGCUGAAAAUGUGGAAAAUAGAGGCAAUCUAAAAGCUAUCAGGAUGGGAAGAAACACUGCAGGCGAUUCCGGUAUUCCAGAAUCAUUGGAAGAUGGAGACAAGGAAUAUUUGCACAAUAAGAAAAGCCCUCAGCAGUCUGGAAUUAGAGAAUCUGUGACUGAUAUUGGUAUCAAACAGGAUGAUAAGACAGAUAAGAAUAACAUAAAUCGUCUUGAGUAUUCAAGUCAAUACAUUUCUCCUCCUCCUCCACCGUCUCUUUCUAUAAACAGAUCUCAAGUUCCCAUAUUUCAGACAGAGAAAAGCAAGAUGGUUGAACAACUGAAACAAAUGAAGGCAGAAAGAAGGCACAUGGAAAGAACUAGAGAGGAACUGGUUAAAAAAGCCAAAGGUUUGCUUGAACAAAAUAAGCUGAGGAGAUAUCAUGCUCGUGAUGCAUGGAAAAAGAAAUAUUUUGAAACUAAGAAAGCUACAGCUUCAUUGGAGGACAUUUUAAAUAAACUGCGACAAGAUGUAGAGCUUUACUAUCAAAAGUUACUGUUGCAGCUGGAAGCCAGAGAUAUCAGGAAACGACCAAACAAUUUAACACACAUUGCAAACGCCAAGAACACCACAAUCAUCCAGAUUACAACAGUGCAGCACGAAAUUGAUCAACUAAAGAGAAAGCUGGAUAAUACAAAAAUGAAACUCAUAAUAGAAAUUAAGAUGAGAAAGCAGGCAGCCUCUGAUUUACGAGCAUUGAGAGCAGAGCUGGCACAGAAGAAAAUUCAGUCAUCUUUAAUACUUCAGUCUGAAACACCAGUAUUUUAGAAGGAUCGCAUUACUUGAGAUUGUGUAAUAUAUUUGUAUAGAAGCUCAGCAUGUCAGUAUUGUUUUUAUGUUCCUAUGCUUUUAUUGUAAAGAGACUUUUCAAUAUGUAAGAUAGGAUAAUUGUAUAUGUUAAAAUAGAGGUAUAUCAUGUAUUUAAAAUGCCUUAAAAUAGCUCAAGCUAAUAAUUGUAACUCAGUUGUAAUUCACUUAUACUCAUAAAACAUGCAGUUUAAUCUAUUAGCGUGUUUAUUUUUUACUAUAAGCUAAUCAAAUGUAAAG